AGAUGUGUGUUGGGGUAUGAAACGACUGAGUUUAUGAGCAUUUAAAGAAGGGUGAAGAUAAUAGCAGCAACUCUUUGUUUAGAAUACUUUGUCACGAGGACGUAAAUUUGGGAUUAGUGCUUUUGCAUUCCCAGUAAUGCACCACUGAAGCGAGCAAUCAGGACUAAUUGGCCAGCUAAAGGAUGCACUACAAUGAACGCUCAAGAAUAGCACAGAAAAAACACAAGCAAAUGCAACCAGAGCUGCCAAUUUACUUUAUGACCUCUGAGAUAAAGUUAGAGGAGAUAGGCUUCAUUUCUCCCAGCCCUAGCCUCUUAAACAUCCAUACUGAAAAACAAACAGCUUUAGUUUUUGAGACCUUCAAAUAGUCCUAUGGUAAAAAAAAAAAGAAAUUAUUUUUAUUUUAAUUUUUUUAAAUUUUUUUUUUCAGUUUUCCUCAUUAAAAUAAUGCAACAAUAUAAUAAGGCUCCAAAAUUUACAUUUCCCAAGCAAAUGUGGGUAAAAAUUGGCUUUGGCAAAUUACCGGCCAGUUUCUUAAGGCUUGCAUAAAAAUGAAUGGUUAAAUUGCAAACUAAAGGCCCUUUACACCAAACAUGGAAUGAAAAGCAAGAUAAAUAGCCCAUUAACACCAAAAGCUAAAGAAAUAUUCAUUGUUAGCACAUUAAUCGUAAUACAAUAGCUGCUGCUAAAUAACAAUAAAUUUUACUCCAGUACAGUAGGGGGAGCGAUCCACAAAUCAGCUGGUCUGCCCUCUGCUUAUCACAGAGAAGAAGUAGUAUUUAAAAGAUUGCAAAACAGUCUUAGAAUCACAAUAAGAAGGACAAAUGAGUGAGAGAGUUCUACUCUAGCGAGCUGACUGAAAAAAUUAUAUAAUUGAUCAUGGAUAUCUUUACAAGCAGCAGCAGCAGCAGUGAGGAUGAGUUUAUUAUUGCUCUGCUCAAUGAGGAAAGGAAAAGAAAAAGGCGGCGAUACUGGGUACAUCCCACUCUCGAGAGAAGAGGUGAACAUGGGGGGUUUCAUAGACUGAUUGGGGAGUUGAAGUUGCAUCAUGAGAAUUUUCAUCAGUACUUCAGGAUGUCUGUGAGUGAAUUUGAGUGUUUGCUUCAGCUGGUGGCACCUUCGUUGACGCGAUCUGAAACAAAAUUGCGCAAACCAAUCGACCCCGAGCAGCGUUUGGCCGUUUGUUUACGUUUCCUAAGUACUGGAGACUCAUACACUACAAUUGCAUCCAGCUUUCUACUAGGCAUCUCAACGGUAGCAGGGAUAGUUGGCAAGACCUGUGAUGCAAUUUGGCAGUGUCUCAAGAACGAACACAUGCCAGAGCCCACAGAAGAGAUAUGGAGGAGCACUGCCAGGAGGUUCCAAGAAAAACUAGACUUCCCAAAUUGUUUGGGAGCUAUGAAUGGCAAACAAAUUCUUAUUCAGGCCCCUGCAAAUUCUGGUUCCUAUAAAGGAAAGUUUUCGGUGGUUUUGCUGGCCCUAGUAGAUGCAGAUUGCCGCUUCCUAGCGGUUGAUGUAGGAAGCUAUGGGAGCAACAGUGAUGGGGAUGUUUUCUCCCAUUCAGAGCUUGGAAAAGCACUCAGAGAUGGAACUUUUAAUGUUCCUCCACCAACAGAGCUUCCAGGUGCUCCUGAGCUGGGAAAAGUGAACCACGUAUUAGUGGUGGAUAAAGCUUUCCCACUGAAGGCGUAUCUUCUCCGGCCAUACCCUGGACGACACCCCCCAUUGGACAAGAGAAUUUUUAACUAUCGCUUGUCUCGAGUACAACUCAUUUCUGAAAAUUGCUUUGGCAAUCUCAGUCAGCGGUUCAGAGUUUUCCAGCGCCGUUUACAGUUCAGCCCCUCUGUUGUGGAGUCUGUAGUGAAAGCUGCAUGUAUCCUCUGCAAUUACUUACAGUCAUCUGAACACUCACAGGAUGAGCCCCCAGUGGAUGACAGCAGUGAUAGUAAAGGCAUGCUACAAGCUCUCGGAUGUUGGCAGGGAAAUCGGUCAACUGCCGAGGCCCAAAACACUCGAGACACUUUCAAAAAUUAUUUCAAUUCACCUGCUGGACAAGCCCACGAACAUGUACACGGCGGUCUAGAGGCUGAUUAGAAUAGUUUUUUUUUUUUUUAAAGUGAGCAGAUGAGAAUGCAUAAUGACUGUUAAAGCAUGUUGUCACCUAUUCAUGUUAUUUACAUAUGUUUAAGAGCACUGCAAUUUUAACUGUACAAACUCUGUGUGACAACAUCAUCUAAGAGCUUCAAGGGUGCAAUAAAAUUAAUAUAAACCCAUCUUCAUCCUGACUCAUGAUUUAGUAUUUAAAAAAUGUUAUAUGAAAACUCAGCAAUAAUGAUGCAAAAACAUGUUUGUUUGGUAUGAAUUAUUAUUGUUAAUUUUUUUGUGGUAUACACAGGCACUUUGAUAAAAUAAAUAAAUAAAAAAAAAACUAUUAUGAAUUUCUUAGGAAUUACAUUAUGAAGAAACUCUAGAGACAAUUAGAUACGCUUUUUAAAAGGUGAUGCAAAGGCACCACAAUAUUAUUUUCAUCAUGAAGAUAAUCCAUAUAAGAAGUUUUAAAAGUUGAUGCAAAGAAAAAGAUGCCGCAAUAUCAUUUACAUGUUUGUUGAAGAAAAAGCAUGUAAGGUGCAGUUUUUUUUUUUUUAGUGAUACAAUAUAUUUGCAUUUUCUAUAAUUUUAUAACUGAGCUACUACAAACACAGACCCGUGUACCACGCAUUGCUUGCAACCAGCUCUCAUCUCUAAAAAGACUGUUUGCGAGCAGCAGAUGUAGUCACCUUCUCUUGGACAUGCACAUCAUGCAUUAUUGUUUAAUUAACUACUUAUUGUGUUUAUUUAUGAAUGGAAGGGAAACAAGUCGUUGUGUAUGUGUAAGCACCAUGAGUCCAAGACAAAUUUCCCAUCAGGGACAAUAAAGUUCG